AUGGCCACACCAACACUAGACCAAUUCCUCUCCGAAAUAAACCGCAUCACACUGUCCAAAGACUCUGUUCAACUAUCUCAAUACCUGGUUAUAGAGCCACCUUACGCACCUUCGUACAACACCAUCAUUGGCGAGUUGCGAAAGUCGUUUCCCAAGGGCUCUGAAGAUGCGCUAGAGAAGAAAAUCAUCAAGGUUGUUAAGAUCAUUGAUGGGGGUGACGAUGUGGAAGUGGCUAGUUGGAGUGCGUUUAGCAGGUUUAUGGUGUUGUAUUUUGGGUUCUUGAGGGAUGUUGAUGUGGGUAAUUUGUUGGAGACUUUUGGGUUGUUGAGUGAGGUUUUGCAUGGUGGUGGUGAANAAGCAAACUCGGCCCUCCAAAACCAAACCCACGGCACAACAAUCCUCGACACGGUAAUCGCCUACUCACGCAUGUUCGCCCGCCUCGCCAUGGGCCUCGACAAGAAACCAGAACUCAUCGGCCACCUCACCACAACCUCUUCUUCCUCUGGCGGCGGCGACGACUCAGGCCCCCGCGAAACCCUGCCCGAGCGCGCCGCAAAUAUCAUCCGCUACGCCUUUGUCGCCUGCCUAAACGACCGCAGCGGCUCCUCACCCACCGGCAUCGACCGCAACGGCAACCCCGAAGGAAAACGCAAAGGCAUCUACGUACUCGCAAACCUGUGCCUAAAAAUCCUCUUCGCAUGCCGCAAAACCCGCGGUGCUGCCCAAAUCUUCGAAAACAUUUUCGUGCUGUCACCGCCGUUGGGGGCGUAUCCAAAGGCGCAAAGGGUUACUUAUUUGUAUUAUUUGGGCAGGUUUUUGUGGGCGAAUGGGCAUGCGUGGCGUGCGCAAAAGGCGCUGUUGCAGGCGUGGAGGGAGUGUCAUGCGCAGUGUUUGCAGCAAGGGCGCUUGAUUCUCAUUUUCCUGAUUGCCGCGAAUAUGGUUUGUGGACGGUUUCCGUCUGAGCAGAUGUUUGCGCGACCAGAGGCGUAUGGCUUGAGAGAGAGGUUUCAGCCAUUGUGCAGGUAUAUCGCAAAAGGCGACAUCGUGGGCUUCAGACGGCAUCUGGAUAUUGGAUCUGAGCACUAUGCAUGGUUCUCGGGCUAUCGCUUGGACUUGCAACUGAGGAACAGGUGUGAGGUUNUUGUUUGGAGGUCUAUCUGUCGAAAGACUUUUAUUCUACAUGGAGAUCCUGGUAACCCCGAGGCUCGAAAGGCCCCGACUUUCGAUCUGAAGGAUGUGCUGGCCAUCUUCUGUUGGCAGGAGACCAUUUACGCCAUACCGCCUGGAGCCUCCCAACCUGACAACUACAUCGACCCGGAUUUUGUCGGUGUGGUCGACGAACCGACUGGUGAGUAUGCUCUCGACCUUCCCGAUAUGAACAACAUCCACUCCAAGAUGACGGCACUCAUUCACCAAGGCCUACUUGGUGGCUACAUUUCCUUCUCGAGAGAGAAAUUCGCAAUUCAAGGUGCAAAGCUCAAGGGAGCACUGGCAGCUGGCUUCCCAAACGCCUGGAAGACCAUCGAAGCCCGUGCUGACGACGAAGUACCCGGCUGGAAACUGGAAACCAGCGGGCCUGCAUUUGGAGGCGGAGUUGUACGACUGAGCGGAGCGCGACCAGUGGGACUUUCUUAG